AUGAAGAACGUAAACUCGAAGCAAACUGAAUCUGAUGGGUUCAUUUCUUGGAUUCGAAAUCAUUUGUUGAGUAUUGCACUUAUUGUCAUCGGAUGCAUCUCAUUGGCCAUCGCCAUUACAUUGAUUCCAUCGUUGAUUGCAUUGUAUCUUCCUGACCAUUCUGUUGCAGUGAUCAAAUCUAAUCAGGACUAUACUGAUCCGUGGGCACUACAGUAUCGAACAAGCUUGGCUAGUGCGCAUCAGAUCUCGACUCGUGCUAUUCCUUCACCAUUCGACAAAUCAAUGUUGGGAAGAGCAUUUGACGCUUUGACAAAGCUACCUUCGGGCACAAUAUCAAUCCAACUAGUUACCAUAUCUUUCUUAAAUAAACGCUCAGCCGAUCGUGUUCGUCGUCAAGACACAACAGCAUCAGCAAAUGGUGCAUCUUCAGAUGCUUAUAUCAAUGUGGUUUUACAAGCUAAAUAUCCACGUCACUGUUCCCAUGUUCUGUCAUGCCAAAUGUUGUUUAGAAAACAAGCUUUGUCUACAUUUUCGAAUUCGAAAAACUUUAUUUUACCUUUUCCAUUACUGAAUGGACACACUGUUGAUGUUUCCGUUGAACUCGUGGGCUUGACAGAGAAUUAUGCUUUUGAAAUCGCUGUCGAACAACAAAUUCAUGUAUUAUUGAAUGAAUAUUUGAAGUUCAACAAUGAAAUAUUUUUUCAGUGUUGCCAGCAACUGAUGUAUCAACAACUGCAUCCAUUGUGGCGGCUACUAUCACCAACAGCAGCAUCAGCACUAGCACAACCACUACUAGUACCACCAGCACUAGCACUAGCACAUCUACCACUAGCAGCACCAGCACCAGUACCAGCACUAGCACAACCACUACCAGUACCACCAGUACUAGUACCACCAGCACUAGUACAACUACCACUGGUGAGUCACGCAUAUAAUUUACAAUGUGUAACUGGAUGGAUUCUGUAUGCACAUAAUGCAACUGUUAACGGUCCUCCAUGUCCUAUACUUGGAAGCGGUAAUAGUGCCAGUCUCGCGACUUGUCAAGCGGCAUGUGAAGCAGAACCCGCUUGCAAUGGAAUGAAUUAUAGUCCAACGGCACCAGGUUGCUAUCUUCGCCAAUGUCCUAAUUAUUCGCCAGCAACAAACAUGGAUUCACAAUAUAAUGUGUGGCUAAAACUACCUCCAGCCUCAUCUCAAUGGACUCUGUAUGCUUAUAAUAAAACUCUACCUGACUCAUCAUGUCCCAAUGUCGGAACCGGUAAUGGCUCUAGUAUCGUGGCUUGUCAAACGUCUUGCGACGCACAAUCCACAUGUAAUGGAGUCAAUUUUAGUCCGUCGUAUUGUUAUUUUCGUCAAUGUAAUAGUUAUUCGCCAACAGCUAACGUUUAUUCAGGAUUUAGUGUGUGGCUAAAAAUAUAA